AAGAAGACGUGUGCGUUCGUGCAGAAAGACAAGAGUGCUGUGGCUGAGCGCAUGGUGCUGCGCAGAACUAUCCACCCUCACUUUAAUAAUAGCUGACAAAUUGAAAAAAAGCAGAAACAUUGUAUAAGGAUCAGUUCAUCCGUGAAAAAUUCAAUGGCUGGAACAAUAGAUCAAGCAAAGAUGAAGUUUUCGAAGAUGGUUAACAGUCGCUCGUACACCAGGUUCAACCAGACCCCCGAUGGAGAGAGCAGCCAUGUGGAGGUGAAGAUGUCUGCGGACACUGAAGAAGAGGAAAUGGACGGUGCAGAGCAGGGUCAUAUAGGGCAUGAGAUGUACACGAGAUCCCCCAGACGUCCGGCGUCGUGGAACAAAUGGAAGAUUUGUGCUUCAGUCACUGUUGUGCUGCUCCUCGUCUGCAUUGGUUUCCUCAUUGGCUACUCUGUCCACCAUCAGCCUGAGACGCCUCCCUGCCCGUUAUCAAGCACUCAGCAACCAAGACAAGAAGUUCAACCACCGGUUUUUGAUAAUCCUAAACCCAGUAUGGAUUGGAGUGAUGUUGUUAAACUUCUGAAUGAGACGCUGACAGCUGAAAGCGUUCAGAAAAGAAUCUGUGAGUAUUCAGUUGUCUAUAAGGCAGGAUCAUCUGAAGAUUACUUAUUAGCUGACAAAAUCCAUAAUUUCUUUGCAAAUCUGCACAUGAAAACUUGGGAUGAUGAACACUUUGUGAAGCUACAGUAUCCUAGCAGCUCCAAUCCAAACAAAGUGAUGUUUGGUUCAGAAGAGAUUGGAAGUCCUAAGGGGUUCUUGGCCUACAGUGCAACAGGAAUGAAACAGGGUAGAGUCGUGUAUGCUAACUAUGGGGAGCCACAGGACCUGGCGAUCUUGGAGGAGAAUAAACUAAAUCUAAAUGGAUCUGUUGUACUGAUGCGGGCUGGGAAAAUCAGUAUGGCGCAGAAGGUUGCGAAUGUUGCAAAGAAAGGUGCUGUAGCAGUUCUGAUCUAUCCAGACCCUGCCGACUAUGACGGCAUGCCUCAAGAUACUGAACUCUAUGGUCACGUCCACUUGGGAUCAGGUGAUCCUUAUACUCCAGGAUUCCCGUCUUUUAAUCACACCCAGUUUCCUCCUACAAAGUCUUCUGGUCUUCCUGAUAUUCUGGCCCAGACGAUCACUGCUGACAUGGCAGUCAAAAUCUUUAAUAAAAUGGGUGGAAACGGUGCCCCAAAAAGCUUUCAGGGUGGCUUGUCCAAUUACAAGUUAGGAAAUGAAACUGACCCUCUGCUCACCGUAGAAGUCAACAACGAACUUAUCGAUACCAAGAUCCAUAACGUGUUUGGAGCCAUCAAAGGCUUCAUAGACACUGAUCGUUACGUCGUGAUUGGAGCGCAGAGAGAUUCCAUGACCUCUGGUUUUGCCAAGUCUGCAGUUGGCACUGCUCUUUUGGUGGAGCUUGCGAGAGCUUUCUCAGAGAUGGUGAAAGGUGGUUUCAGACCCAGGAGGAGUAUUGUGUUUGCCAGCUGGAGUGCGGGGGAUUUCGGUAACGUCGGCCUUACCGAAUGGCUUGAGGGCUACGCAACAUCACUGGACAAAAAAGCCUUUACCUACAUCAGCCUGGAUGGAGUUGUUACUGGUGAGGGAUCUUUCAAAGCUUCUGCCAGUCCAUCGUUGCAGGGUCUUCUGCAGAAGACCCUGGAGAAGGUCAAAGAUCCAGUUAGUUCAAAACCGUAUGAUUCUCGCCUGAGCCUAUUGGGGAGUUAUGGUGGCACUCUUGCAUCUCUUCUGAAGCCCAUGGAGAUGGAUGAUGGAGCAUAUCCUUUCCUGACUUUCUCUGGAAUCCCUUCUGUGUCGUUUAGUUUUACAUCUCAAGGCCAGGAUAGGUCUGUUGACUACAAGUAUUUUGGAACGGCUCUGGAUGAUAAAGGUCAUCUGGAAGAUGUCACUAAAAGGAAAGUGAGUGAGCUGUCAUUGGGCGGCGCCCAGGUGGCUGGACAGAUGGCGCUUCGCCUCGUUCACAACCACAUUCUCAAACUGGACGUUACCAAGUAUAAUGACGAGAUCGACAAACGCGUCAGCGCCAUCGUCUGUUACACUAACCAACUCAAAAAUGCGAAGGUCAGUAAAAGUGAGUCUGUGUCAACGAAGUGGCUGAGUGCAGCAAAGGGCUCUUUUAUUCGGGCCUCGGACAACCUAAAAAAUUAUAUGGACAACAGUAAUGUGGAAGACUUGGAGAUGUCUCGUAUCAUCAAUAAUCGUAUAAUGAAGGUGGAGCAUAAUUUACUCUCUCCUUACGUCUCUCUGAGAGAUGUCCCAUUCCGUCAUAUUUUCUUCGGUAGCGGGUGGCAAACGGCCUCAGACCUGGAAAACUACUUGAAAGACGUGAUUGCAGGCAAUACAACCCUGGACGUGGACCAGGUUUUAAGAAAAUUUGCUCUGCUCACCUGGACCAUUCAGGGCUGUGCCAAUGACCUGGCUGGAGAUAUCUGGUCCUUAGACAAUGAGGUCGAAUGAGAACCUUGAUUUUAUCUUAAAAGUGUCUCGAUACAUGAAUAACAAAACGUAAACCACACAACAAAACAAUUUAUAUCAACAAAUUGAGUGAUCUGGCAGCCGUGUAUCGAGAAUAUUUCGGCGUUUGACUUUGAAAUGCACAAAAGAAGUUCAAUACGGUUAAUUCCAUAUUUAGAGUUUUGUUGAUGUAAUCGAUAAAGGAAUCUGAGCACAACGCCAUAAUCUAACGCCAUUGCCAUAACCUUGUUUUAAGGUUUAUUUCAGGCUGAAGUUGUCAUCCCCAGUUAUAUCUUUAAGUUAAUGCUUUUCUGAUUGACUCAUAAUACGUUUAAGCGCAUAUUGAGAAAUUUUUGUAUUUGGCUGCUAUGUGAAAACUGAAUCGCACUAAUGUAAACCUGUAAACUUUUGCAGGGAAUGUCUCUGCUUUUGUACCCAUUUAGCAGUGACUGAGUUCUGUAUUUAUUUAUUUAUCAGUGACAGUGUUCACUAUAAAAGUGUUUUUUUUUAAUUAUCGGAAGCAGUGCCUUCCAUAAUUAUGACGGUUAUACUGUCAGUUCUUUAAAAGCAGCAUCUGCUACAGAAAUACAUGUUACCAACAGCUGUCACCAGAAAUGUCUGUUGUUACAGGUGGAAAUACACCCAAAAUAAUCAUUUUAAUACAGUUCCUCUUUUCUAAAAAACGAUGAAACCAAAGGCAUUUAGGACAAUAGCUUUAUUGUUUCAGUUAUCCUGUUUUGUUGGUUUGAAACCAAUAUGAAUUGGCAAACAAUUUCCAUUUCGACCAACUCGAUGCUGACUCGAGCAUUUCUGUGACAUUUAUAUUUCUAUUCUAAAACCAUUAUCGGGAGCAGUGUCUUCCAUAAUGUAGAGUGUUUGAAGGUAGUUUUUGCCUACCAGUGUGUAUGUAUCGAGGGCAGUGACCCUCAUAUUUCACUUUAGUGUGGAUCGAAUUAUCGGGGACAGUGUUUCCCAUAGUUUAUGUAUAUAUUUGUUCUUCAUUUUAUUGUGUGGCUUUUUUCUGCUUUUCUAUUAGAAACGAUACGUGAUCUGUGGGCAGUCAUUGUAGGUUGUGGGUUUUCAUCUUACCGUGCUUCUCUCCUUCAUUUUUGGUGGUCUGGGCACUUUCAUGUCUUUUGAGUGUUGUUUGAGUUUGCACUUUUUUAUAUUUCAAAACAGGUGUUUGAAAAAGGAUGUGGUCAUUUUGCAUAAUAAGAACAUGUCGUUUAAGGUAUUAGGUUACUGUUGAUUUUACAUUAUGGCUUCAUGAAUGAAGGCACUUCUGUUAAAGUUUGCUGGGCAUAUCGCAUACUAGUCCCUUUUUCAAUCUCUGUCUUUUCUUGUGGCACUUACCAGAUAGUUACAAUGCUUGUUUGGUCUUCCAUUGCAUGGUAACAUGUGCAUGAAACAUAACUAAACAUUGCAACCUUUUAAAAACGAAGCAAACAAUCUUUUUGCUUUAGCUGAUCGUCAAGUUACUUAGACAUUUCAACUGUUAUUUCUUGCCAGUUACAUGCUUCAAUCUUUGUUUUUUCCCCAGUCAUGCAUUUGAUGAGCUAAAGUUGAUCAUAGAGUUUGUCAUAAUGUAUCGGGUGUAGGGGUUAUGAACUGUUGUUUGUGAUCUUAGAACUGAUCUUUGUGUGCAAAAGCUAUCAACUUUAAUAAACCUGGGCUUUAUUCUGA